UUUUGUCGGUGAACAUUUCGAGGAGAUGACGCUUUUAUCGUGAAGGGUGAGCGACGGAAGUCAAGUCUCUGAUGCUAGGCGAGCCAAGAUGGCGGAGUAUCUGGCAUCCAUUUUUGGGACAGAAAAGGAUAAGGUCAACUGUUCUUUUUAUUUUAAAAUUGGUGCCUGCCGACAUGGUGACCGCUGCUCCAGAUUACACAAUAAGCCAACGUUUAGCCAGACCAUCGCCCUCCUGAACAUUUACCGGAACCCGCAGAACAAUGCCCAAUCUGCCGAUGGUCUGACCUGUGCCAUCAGUGACAUGGAGAUGCAGGAGCACUAUGACGAGUUUUUCGAGGAGGUCUUCACAGAGAUGGAGGAAAAGUACGGAGAAGUAGAGGAAAUGAACGUAUGUGACAACCUCGGGGACCAUCUAGUAGGAAAUGUGUAUGUGAAGUUCCGUUACGAAGAGGAUGCUGAGAAAGCCGUGAUAGACCUGAACAAUCGGUGGUUUAACGGACAGCCCAUCCAUGCUGAGCUCUCUCCUGUCACAGACUUCAGAGAAGCCUGCUGUCGUCAGUAUGAAAUGGGGGAAUGUACCCGUGGCGGCUUCUGUAACUUCAUGCACCUGAAGCCCAUCUCACGCGAACUGAGGCGAGAGCUCUAUGGACGUCGCAGGAAGGGAGGCCGCCAUAGGUCCCGGUCUCGGUCUAGAGAGAGGCGAUCUCGCUCAAGGGACAGAGGGCGAGGAGGCGGCCGCGACGGUGGCCGUGACGGCGGUCGUGACCACGAUAGACGUCGCUCCAGAGACAGAGAGCGUUCGGGGCGAUUUUGAACGACAAGUCGACGACUGCUUUUCCCCUUCCCUCCCUGUAUCCAUCCAGCCUUCUCUUUUUUUAAGUUUUUACCCUCCCCGAUUUGUUCUAGGACUACCUGAAAGGUACCCAGUUUUCAAGCUGUGACAGCAUUGAUGAACUUUGUUUUUCUUGAUUCUGAAAAUGACUUUCACUUCAUUAAAUUUAAAAAUUUUUACUUAA